CCUACCGCAACAAACAUGCUGCUGCAAAAGCGCGCCGCAAUCCACAUCGAUGCAGUUUAAGUUUCUAUCAUUCCAAGGAUUGAUCACAUUUGUUGUUGUGUGGGUGUUAGAUAUCAAGUGUAAGGAACCAAGGUCAAAAACAGAAUGAGUACCAACAAUAAGUCGACGAAAUUUCUGCAAUUGCUCAUCGUGUGGAUCGUCGGCAAUGUGCAGUGCGCCUCGUUCCCACCGAGCGUGCGCCGUAAUCUGCCCAUCGCGAUAAAUAAAAUUAGCGAGAUUGUCACGUCGUGCGACAGCACCAGCUUCAAUGUCACCGUGUCGAUGGAACAUCCGUUCAAAGGAAUCCUGUUCUCCAAAGAAUUUUCACAAGAAUGUCGUUCAUUCGGUACGAUGAAGAAUUCCGUGUCUGUUGACUUACCAACAUCUGGCUGCGGAGUUCGGUUAAGUAAAGACUCCGAAGACAUGCUCGGAGAUGAAAAGAAAAUGUUCUACAGCGUUACGUUGGUGGUCCAACAAGAUAAACAUUUGCGGCAGAUCAGUGACCAGGAACGUACUGUUAAGUGCAUGGUUGACACAAAUGUCUUCAAUGUGAAGAGCAAACCGAUGGAAGAUGCGCUAUUCAAUGAAAUAUUAGAUAAAAAAGAUCACAGAACGGGGAGAAUGAAAGAUGAAGGCUGGUCCAAAGAAAUACAUCCUGAUGUUGAGUUGACUGAAGCACUGCGUGCAUCCAAAGCGUGGAUGGAAAUCGUGCCAAUUGAAAAUGAUGAAGAAGCGCUCCAAGUUGGCGAAGAAGCACUUUUAAUGGUAAAGUCUACUUUACCAGUUGGUAUUGGAUGGAAAGUUGUCGAUUGUGUAGCCCAUGAUGGUUUGGGUGACUCAUCUCAAAAACUCCUGGAUGAAGAUGGUUGUCCAGUUGAUGAAGGAUUACUUCCCGAGUUGUUAAAAGGUCCAGUCAGGCCGAUUGUUAUGAUGAGACAUCAAGAAGCAGUUGCGAAAUUUGUAGCUUUCAAGUUUCCUGAUCGAGAUCGUCUGCAUGUUUCAUGUGGUAUGCAACUCUGUCGACAAAACUGUGAAAUUUAUGAUUGUGUUAAUAUUACCCGAACUGGUCGACGUAUUGUCGAAGCAGGAGAAGAUGGCGAAGUUUUAGACAGAUUAGAAGUGUUUAACAGCGUUGAAGUCCUAGCGCCUGGUAUAGAACUAGACGAACGAGAAAAGGACAAAAUGGCGGGAGAUCCAUUACGAGCAACAUUUGGUUACUUCCCGGGCGAUCGCACGUUCUGCGUCUCGCCGGACAAGAUGGCGCUGACAUUCUGCGUGCUGGGAUUAAUCUUCUUGUGCGCUGUCAUCGUCGCAGCGUUCGCUUUGUAUAAAGCACGCCGUUCGGGCACGCCAAUGCCGUACUACACAAGAAGUCUAUUUUCUAGUAGUAGUGGAUCCGGUAAUGGAUCCGCAUAUGGCAGUAAACUACUUUUACAGGAUAGUCCGUGCAUGGGACAAUCAGCGGCGAGUAUGCGAGGUUAUGGCCGAAUACUUUAACCGUAGGCAACCAACACGUCUCACAACACACUGUUCACUAAACAUUUCCGAUUGGUUACUAUAUUGAGCUCAAUGAUGACAUUUUAGUUAAUCUUAGUUACCUAGCAGCAAAUACUCGUUCCUUUUAUUUAUUAUUUUUGUAUUAUUUAUAUUUAUACUCUGUUGAGCGAUUCAUGGGGAUUUAUUUGUGUUUACCGGGGUCUUUAAUGUUUAUAUUGUUAUAUUAUCGUAUUUAAGAAGUUCCUACAUCGACGACUAUGAAAGUUUUAAAUCUGCGACUGGAAACUGUGUCGUAGUCGUCGAUCGUAUGAAGAAAAAUGUUAGAAAUGUGUUUUGAUAUGGAAAAUAAAUUAUAUAUUUACUUAUAACUAAAAGUAAAAUAUUUUUUA